CGCAGAACGUUCGAGAAGGUAGCCCUGUAUUGCGAGAGCUUCAUCAACCUCAUCCCUCUAUCCUUCGUCCUUGGAUUCUACGUGGCACUCGUCAUCGGCCGGUGGUGGAACCAGUACAUGAGCAUUCCCUGGCCUGACAGAGUGAUGCUGUACGUGAGUACAUUGGUGGAAGGUGUGGAUGAGCAGAGCAGAAUCAUCCGGAGGACCCUGAUGAGGUACCUUACGCUAGGCAGCAUCAUCGUCUUCCAGGCGACGAGUGUCAGGGUGAAGAAGAGGUUCCCCACCAUGGACCACCUCAUCGAAGCAGGAAUUGUGACAGCAUCGGAGGUGAAGGUGAUGGAGGACGUUAGCACUCCACACGGCAAGUGGUGGGUUCCAUUCGUCUGGUGCUGCAACAUCAUCAGAGACGCCCACAGGAAGGGUUAUAUACUUGAUAACUACCUCAUGAAGUCACUCAUCGAUGAGAUUCUUGUGUACCGUGGAAAUCUGGGGAUGUUGUACUCGUAUGACUGGAUAAGCGUUCCACUCGUGUACACGCAGGUGACUACGUUAGCGGUGUACUCGUUUUUCCUUGGUUGCACUCUGGGCAGGCAGUUUCUCGACCCAGUUAUGAACUAUCCAGGACACAACGUCGAUCUGUACGUUCCUUUCUUCACCCUCCUUCAGUUCUUCUUUUAUAUGGGAUGGCUGAAGGUGGCUGAGCAACUGAUCAACCCGUUCGGAGAAGAUGAUGAUGACUUUGAAAUGAACUGGAUCAUCGACCGGAACAUGCAGAUCUCUCUACUGACCGUUGAUGACCUCUGCGGUCAGUUUCCACCGCUGGAGAAAGACGUCUACUUUGGGGAGAGUCCGCCCGAUUACUUGCCCUACACCAGAUCAAGUGCUAAAAAUAUCUCCCUACCUCACAUGGGCUCCACAGCUGAAAUCCGGUUUGCUAUUUCUUCUAACAUUUCUUUUAUAACCUGGCACAUGAGUUAA